GGUUUUAGUGAUCUUCCACAUUGCAUUACAUGUUUUAGUUGGACAAAAGAAAAGUGGGUUAGGUUUUUUAUUUUUGGAUCAGAAAACAAAAUGGAUGAAAGUUUAUUAAAUGGUAUCAUACAAAAAUUACUUAUUUUUAAAGAUGGAAGAACACAAGAUAAAUACCAUCUCAGUGGAUCAGAAAUUCAACAACUCUGCCGCUAUUCUUCUUCAAUCUUUCUUAAACAACCCGUUCUUCUUGAACUUCAACCUCCGAUCAAAAUUUGUGGUGAUAUCCGUGGCCAUUAUUCAGAUCUUCUCCGUCUUUUCGAAUCUUGUGGUUCGCCUGGUCAGACAAACUACUUGUUCCUGGGUGAUUAUGUAGACCGAGGUGACCGUGGCAUAGAGACCAUCUGCCUUCUUCUUGCAUUCAAAAUUAAAUAUCAGGAUAAAUUCUUCUUACUCAGAGGCAAUCACGAAUCUGCUUCUAUUAAGCAUUUAUAUGGAUUCUACGAUGAGUGUAAGAGGAGGUUUAGUGUCCGCCUUUGGAAGACUUUCUGCCGCUGCUUUAAUUGCCUACCAGUAGCUGCUGUCAUUGAGGAAAGAAUCUUUUGUGUGCACGGUGGAUUAUCUCCUCAUUUGAAAAACUUCGAUCAAAUUAGGGAUAUAUGUCGUCCGGUGGAUGUACCAGACAAGGGCCUUCUCUGUGAUUUACUCUGGUCUGAUCCUGAUAAAGACUUCUAUGGUUGGCGCGAGAAGGACAGCGGUGUAUCCUGUACGUUUGGAGCUGACAAGAUAACUAAAUUUCUUGACAACCAUGACAUCGACCUGAUUUGCCGAGCUCACCAGGUUGUGGAAAAGGGGUACGAGUUCUUUGCUGGUCAAAAGCUGGUUACCAUAUUCUCUGCUCCAAAUUAUUCUUGGGAUGACAAUGUUGGUGUCGUGAUGAAUGUGGACGCAACUUUGACUUGUUCAUUUCGUAUUCUUAAACCUUCUGACAAGAGCGUAAACCUGGGAUCCAGCAACGAGAAGUCAGUACCCGGAACACCAUCAGAGAAGAUGACGAAUGGAGCACGGGAGUCAGUUCAGAAUUCUGGUUGGGAUAUUCAACGGGUUCUUGAAUCCUUGAAGAAACAAGUUUCUAUUGAUCGAUGUGUUUUCGUGAAGCAAAAGAUGGAAGAGAAUAGGCAGAAAUUGAUUGGUAUUACGAACCAUAUGCAUACUGCUUCAAAGAUGAGAGUGCCCAGUACAAUUUCUGAAGGUGAUAAUUGUGUCGAUUUACUGACUAAGAGGCAGCUAGAUGCGCUUUCUACGCUAAAUGGUGCUAAGGAGGAAAACGAAUUUAGUGGCGAUGAAGAAAGUAAUGCGUCCUCGACUGUUCUUAUAGGGAGCAAUUUUGGAGUAAAGAAUUUGACUCGUAUUGUUAAGCUUGCCGAAGUUUCAAAAAUACCACCAUAUACGACUUGGGUAUUUCUGGAUAGAAAUCAAAGGAUGACUGAGGAUCAGUCUGUAGUUGGCCGAAGGAGAAUUUAUUAUGAUCAGAUUGGUGGAGAAGCCCUUAUUGCAAGUGACAGUGAAGAAGAAGUGGUUGAUGAUGAAGAAGACAAGAAAGAAUUCGGCAAUACUGAAGAUUUUAUUCUGAGGAAUGCCAUUCAAGAAGUUGGUUUAUCUGUUGAUGUGCUGGAUUCACUUGCUAAAUGCUUUUCUAGAAGACCCUCUGACAUCAAGGCACGAUAUGACAUCUUGAAUGGAGAAAACCCUGUGGAUUCUUCUAAGAAGGCCGAUCUCAACGAUGAGCCUAAAAUUGAGGAUAUAUUUCGUGAUAAAGAUCUAGAUGCAGCUCUGGAUUCUUUUGACAACCUUUUCUGCCGUAGAUGCCUGGUGUUUGACUGUAGAUUACACGGGUGUUCCCAAGAUCUUGUUUUUCCUGCUGAUAAACGACUACCCUGGGCCCCUCCAGAUCCUGAACCGUGUGGCAGCUGUUGUUAUCGAUUGAUUUUGAAGUCAGAAAGUGUUGCUACUGGUAGUUGUUCUGCGCCUGAUGGUUUUGAAGAUAAAGCAAUUGCUUCAUCUGGCAGUGGGGGUCAUCAGGCUUCACACAAAAAGAAAGCUGUUGGUUUGUCUAAUGGAAAGAGAACAAAGUCAAACCAGAGUGAUAGUACUUCUUCUAAUGCAAGAAAUAUAUCAGAAAGUAGUGAAACGGAUAUACAACCUCAGAAGGAUAAGAUUUCCACCCAACAGUCCUCACCACCUAACAGUAAUGUUGCCUAUAAACAGGAACUUCAAAUGAGAAAGAACAAGCGAGUUGCUGAGCAUAUUCUUAGUUGCACGCGAAAGAGACCGAAGAAACUGUCAGCUUCCGAUUCUGACUCAGUUGCCGAUGGAUCUCCUUGGGUCAAGGAUAGGAAGCUCAGGUCGAGUUCACGUAAGGAUAAUGAGGAUGCUAGCUCUUCUUCGCAACAGAAGGUGAAGUCUCCAGCAUCUAACAGGUCAGGGCAGAAAGAAUCAUCAUUUCAAGACCAGAAUGAACCACUGCCAGUUGAAGUCCAGGACGAACCAUGUCACGAGAUGAUUAAAGACUCGCUUGUGGUAGGCAAUGAUGAUACCUCGAGGAAAGAUGAGUUUGUUGAUGAAAACAUGUCUAAACAGGAGGGGGAUAAAUCAUGGAGCACUUUCGAGAAGUGCCUUUACUCAAAAGGAUUAGAGAUCUUCGGGAAAAAUAGCUGCUUAAUUGAAAGGAACCUUUUGAGUGGCAUGAAGACAUGUGCUGAGGUAUUCCAGUACAUGAGCUUCACCGAAAAUAAGCUUUGUAAUAGGGCUGAUGGUUCAAAUUCUGCUGAGGGCCAAACCCCAGGUGACCGCAAUGAUACUACGGGUCGAACAAGAUCAAGGUUCAUGCGAAGAAGAGGUAAGGUUCGUCGUUUGAAGUAUAGCGCAGGCUACCAUGCUUUUAGGAAACGGAUUAUUGAGAGGAAGGAUCUUCCGUGUAAGCAGUUUAAUCCCUGUAACUGCCAAUCUGCUUGUGGAAAGCAAUGUACGUGUCAUUUGGGUGGAACCUGUUGCGAGAAAUAUUGUGGGUGUUCUAAGACUUGCAAGAAUCGCUUUAGAGGUUGCCAUUGUGCUAAAAGUCAAUGCCGAAGUCGACAGUGCCCAUGCUUUGCUGCAGGUAGAGAAUGCGAUCCAGAUGUUUGUAGGAAUUGUUGGGUUGGUUGUGGUGACGGUACUCUCGGAGGCCCUCCUCAAAGAGGUGAUAAUUAUGAAUGUAGGAAUAUGAAGCUCCUUCUCAAGCAACAACAAAGGGUCUUACUUGGAAGAUCAGAUGUCUCCGGGUGGGGAGCGUUCAUAAAGAAUGGCGUCAGCAAACAUGAAUACCUAGGGGAAUAUACCGGUGAAUUGAUCUCACAUCGAGAAGCUGAUAAGCGUGGAAAGAUUUACGACCGCGAAAAUUCGUCAUUUCUCUUCAAUUUGAAUGAUCAGUUUGUCCUUGACGCUUACCGGAAGGGGGACAAGUUGAAGUUUGCUAACCAUUCUCCUGAUCCAAAUUGCUAUGCUAAGGUGAUGAUGGUAGCAGGUGAUCACAGAGUUGGCAUAUUUGCUAAUCAAAAGCUUAAUGCCGGAGAGGAACUCUUUUAUGAUUACCGUUAUGAACCUGACAGAGCUCCUUCUUGGGCAAAGAAGCCUGAAAUUCCAGGUUCAAAAAAGGUGGAGGUAGCACCUUCAAAUGGUAGAGCAAAGAAACGUGCCUGAUUUGUCUUUAGGCCAAGCUGACAUUUUGACACAUCUAGCAUCCAUGUUGUCAAUUAAGAGAUUUUGUCUUUACAGUAGUACUAUAUUAGAGAAGUUUGGUGAAGCUCUCUAUGAUGACACAAUUAGCAUUUUUGAAUGUGAAUGGGCAUGGCAUAAUUUGAUCAUGAACAAUUGUAAUGGUUUCACAUUGACAUUUUCAACGAUUUAAUAUAUUUUUCUUGUUUUCACAAAGCCUAUUAAUGAAAACAUUUUCUACAA